CACGCGUACAUCGGCUUUUACUGGUCCCUUACUUUAGUGUAUAGUGCUGUCGCCGCCGCUACUGCCGGGCUUUCGUAACGAACGCUAAGUGACGCACUGCCACUUGCGCUCCUUCUCCUUUCUAGUACGCGUGGAACUAUAUCCUUAAUUCAACGUCCCGUCGAUCCCGUGCUACUUUUUAACGAUCCUCCAAUUAUUUAUUUACAGAAAUGUUCAGUGUAAAAUGAGAUAACUGCACAAAUAUAUCUAGAACGAUCUUUAUAAAACAAUAAUAAUAAAAAUGAAGCUUGGCCACGAUAUCAAACAAUCACGAACUAAUUGGCCAAGUAUCACGAAUGAGCUUUUGGAGGAGUUACAAACCUGGGCAACAAAACACUCCUUGCCAAAGGUGCCGCCUGAGCAAUUGGCUAUUUUUGCACAUAGUUGCUACUAUGACAAGCCAGCCACAAUCAAAUGCAUGGAGACUUACUACAGGCUACGAGCUACAGUUCCUGAGUUCUUCGAAAAUCGAGAUCCAACACUUGACAGCCUACAAUUUACCUUAAAAGUCGCGAAUUACGUGUGCUUACCAAAGCCGGACAAGGAAGGUAAUCGCAUAGUGUUCCACGGUCUGUCGGACACGAACCCACGCCACUACAUGUUCAGCGACUCGGUGAAGCUGCUGAUGAUGACGAUGGACGCGAGCCUCUACGAGCACGGCUGCGUGCCCGGACAUGUCUUCCUCUUCGACAUGAAGGGCGUCAAAAUAACUCACUUAAUGAGGCUCUCUCUGACUAUGGUACGUAGAUUCUUCGAGUACAUUCAGGAGGCUAUGCCCGUCAGACUCAAAGCCAUUCACGUACUCAACUGCGUCUGGUUCAUCGACAAAGUGCUCGCCUUGAUCAAGCCCUUCAUGAAAAAGGAGCUUCUUGAUAUUCUACACUUGCAUACCGGGGACGUCUCCGAAGUUUAUCAGUACAUUCCACCUGAGUGUCUCCCAAAGGAUUUUGGCGGCAAGCUCGACGACGUCGAAAAUCUUCACGCCGAACAGUGUCAGAAGCUAGUAGAGCUUCGCGAAUACUUUGAAGAAGAAGAGCGAUCAUAUCGUUGUUAUUGGCCAGCAGGAAAGUCGUCACACAGCAAGUCCGAUGCCGAUGGCUUGGCCUAUGGAAAGGAGGACGAUGGAGGUGCCGAAGAGGCUAGCUGAUUUAUGGUCAUAAGCUUUAUUUUUCCUAUAGCUAUUUAUUUAAAUUUUUUGCUCGAUAAAUUUUAGAUUGUGCAAUAUAAAAGUAACGAGUAUUAUUGAGUACUAAUUAUCCUUAAGCCUUUAAUAUCAAUCUAUUUUAUAACUGUUUGACGUAUGUAAAUUAUAUAUUUACACUUUUAUACGUAUCGAGCGAUUUCGAAAAUUAUAGAUACACAGAUUCGUAGAUAUAAGUUUAUUGUAUCAUAUAUAAUACAUGGUAUUUUUUGGUUUCAACUUACAUACGAUUUUCUGAGUUUUAUAUAACAGUAUUUUCAUUUCCAGAUAUAAACUAGAAGAGUACUUGCCAAAGUGUGUUAUUAUUGUAAUUUAAUCUAUAUGGGAAAUGGUUUGAAAUUGUACCUACAGGAGAAUCCGAUUAAUCCAUGAAAUAGCAACCUACAUUGUAUAUAUUAUUAUUUACAAAAGAAUGAACAUGUAAUAUUGUAAAGCGUGUAUGCUAAAUGAGUUCUAAUAUUUGAAAAAUAUUUCAAUUUUUCAAUGGUGUUGGUUUUGAUAUUGCAUUGAAUAAAUUUCUUCGUUGAAAGAUGUCCAUCUGCAAGACCUUAUAUUAUAUUUUGAGCUCAUUCGUGUACUACGUGACUUUGAAAAAUCGAUUUUAGCGCUAAUGAACCAUAGAAAUAGACAUUCACCUCCGUAAAGUAUUGUAAAAAAAUUAUUGCUAAAUAAAAUAUAUUUUUAUGCUUAUCUCAAUGACAUAACAAAAAAUUUUAAAAAUUACGAUAUUCAGGGUCAACCCUUAAUGAAACUAUGCGGUCUGCACUUUUUUCAACAUUUCGCUGAUGAGUUUUCAGUCUCUUCAGAAAAUAUUUUCUAAUUAAAUAAACUACAUCACCAAUAAUUUAAAAACUUAACGGUAGUUUGAUUAAAAUAAAUUGAAACAAACUGUUAAAUUCUAUAUCUCUUGACCAGUAGAACACAUCCUUACAUUAACUAUAUAAAGAAAUACACUAUUUUAAAUGUUAAGAAACUGACAGACUAUGUCUAUAUACAGUAAUGUUAUUUUUUAACAUUCAGAGGUAUUAUGUUUUUUCUUCAAAGUUUGUAUAUUUCAUAAAUUUUUUCAUAAAUCCCUAUUAUGUUGUGGACAAUUAUUAUUAAUAAAACUUCUUUCAUGAGAAAGAUCUUUUUUGGUCGAUUGUUAUAAUAUAAAUUUUUACAUUAUCUUAUUUGAAUGCCUUGCCGAUGUGUAGUUAUGUGAUGUAAUAAUCGCCGAGGCGAGUUUUAUGAAACUUGCCACUAAAGUAUAAGUUAGCAAGGUAGUCUGUAAGUAUGCAUUAGCAAGGUAGUCUGUAAGUAAGCGAGGAUAGGUUGGCCGCUGUUUUACGUAACUAUAACCGCCAAAUAAACGAGAAAGCUUAAUAUAAUAAAAAAGUAUAAAUGCAUAAUCAUUAGUGUAAGAUUCCAAUAAUUAAAGCCAUUUGUUGUUAAUAAUUACAUCCAAUCAUUCCUUCCACAUUUAAAGUCAAUCAUAGUAAAUAAAUAUAACGUAACAACCUCUAAAUGGACAUUACUUUUAUAAAAGAUUACAUUGCCAAAUAUUUUUUAUCAAUUGUCAUAAUGUACUUUUAAGUAAUAAUAAGUAUUGUUUAUUUUGCAAAUUGCUAACAAAUGAAAAUAAUCUUUCAUUUUCAUCGCAAGAAACGUAUGUAUAACUAUUUAUCCUCGUGAAGUUGAGUUAUAAUAAUCCAAAU